AUGUCUGUCGAAACCACUGCUACCAUCGCCUCAUUCGGGGGCAAGCUCUUGAAGCUUGCCCACAAGGCCGCUUCCACAAACUGCGAGAUGAAGUUCAACUUGUUCCUCCCGCCCCAAGCUCUUAAGACCUCCGCUACCAAAGUUCCCGUCCUCAUCUACCUGUCCGGCCUGACCUGCACUGGCGACAACUGCUCCGAGAAGGGUUUCUUCCAGCACCGCGCCAGCCAGAAGGGCAUUGCCGUCGUCUACCCCGACACCAGCCCCAGAGGACUCGGUAUCCCUGGCGAGGAUGACUCGUAUGAUUUCGGCUCAGGUGCUGGCUUCUACGUCAAUGCCACAAAGGAGCCCUACAACAAGGGUUACAACAUGUACUCAUACAUCACCGAGGAUCUUCCCAAAGCUCUCUUCUCUUCCUUCAAGCAGCUGGACUCGGACAGAGUCAGUAUCACUGGCCACAGCAUGGGAGGCCACGGUGCCUUGACUUUGUUCCUCAAGAACCCUGGCAAGUACAAGUCCGUAUCCGCAUUCGCACCCAUCGCCAACCCCAGUAACUGCGACUGGGGCAAGAAAGCCUUCUCUGGUUACUUUGGCGAGGACCAGAAGGAAAAGUGGGCAGAGCACGAUGCUACAGAGCUGAUCAAGAAGUGGAAGGGUCCUCUGGAUAUGCUCAUCGACGUUGGUACUGGCGACAGCUUCUACAAGCAAGGCCAGCUCUUGCCCGAGAACUUGACCAAGGCCGCUCAAGAGUCCGGCAACGAAAAGGGUGUCAACCUGAGAAUGCAACCCGACUACGACCACAGUUACUACUUUAUGGCAACCUUUGCCGAUGAUCACGUCGACCAUGCUGCCAAGUACCUCUUGGGCUAG